AGGUUGCUCCAAGAAUAUUAACAAGAAGAAAAAAAAAAACCACAGAAAAUGCAGACGCGCACACGUAUUGUACGGGGAGGGAGCGAGAAGGACACUCUCUUGCGUAUAUGACGCUUGAAAUGAAGAUUUGGCAUCUAGAAAAAAACAAAUAAGUACUGUUUUUAGAUCGUCUUCACGAUCCUCUUCUUCUCCUCUCACCUUACCUCUGCUAACUACUACCAAGUGCUCCUUUUCUCUUUUUGCGUUGCAGUUUACUGUACAUACAAAGCCUACAGUGAGAGAGGGAGGCAGCCCACGAUCUGUGCAUAUUUUUUUUUUUGUGGGUUUGACAGCCCCACAAGAAAGAGAUUAUUGAGUUACUAAGGGCUAAAGCUAAAAUCAAUCAUGCCAUCCGGUGCUAAGAAGAGGAAAGCAGCCAAGAAAAAGAGGGAACAGGAGGCCAACAACAACAACAACUCUUCAAUCAGUACCGACAAUCAUCAAGGAAAUGAUGACCCAAAAAGCCAUGAUGAAACAGAGACUGAUGGUGGUGAGGUUGGUACCUCUGUAUCACAGGACCAACACAAUCACCAGCAUCCAUUUAAUGAGGGGAAUGAAGAAUAUGAGAAGGGAGGCCCAUCGCCUUCUGAUUCAUUAGCCAACAAGAACAAGCCCAUGGAGGUAGUCACUGGGGAUGCAGAAGGAAGCCUACAAGUUGAAUCAGAGGACAGCAUUGCUGUAAAUAUUGAGAGUAAAAGUGUUUCUAUUGAGCAUGUUGAUUCUUCAAAGGAAUCUCAUGAUGAAGAUGACAGGAGCUCUAGCAGUAGUAGUUUCAGCAAUGAGUCUCAGGAUUUCGAGAAGAAAUCGAAGGAAGCCAAUGAUGAAGAAAAGGAAAUUGGUUCUUUUUCUGAAGAGGUGAAGCAGAUCUCUGAAAAUGAGAAACUAGUCAAGGAAGCUGAUAGUAAUUCAGUUUUGGAAACUGCUUCUGCUGAUUUGGUUGAUCCUGUGGUGCCUAUAUCUGAGACAGAAAAAUUUGUUAUUGAGAUUGCUCAAGUUGAAAAUCCGGAGGUUCUGGAAGUGGUUGAAUCUUGUUUUGAGGAAGAUGAGGACAAACUGUUGCCUGUAUCCAAUGAGACUGCUGAAGUUUCACCAGCUACUGUAGUGCCAAAGAAAAAUGAAGAAGUGGUUGAAUCUUGUUUUGAGAAAGAUGAGUACAAACUGUUGCCUGUAUCCAAUGAAAUUGGUGUAGUUUCACCAGCUACUGUAGUGCCAAAGAAAAAUGAAAAAGUGGUUGAAUCUUGUUUUGCGGAAGAUGAGGAUAAACUGUUGCCUGUACCCAAUGAGAUUGCUGAAGUUUCACCAGCUACUGUAGUGCCAAAGAAAAAUGAAGAUAAAGUUUUUCCUAUUUCAGAUGAGAAUGUUGGGGCAUCUGCAAAUGUGGUUGGUUCUUCUGCAUAUGGAAAUGUAGGGAAAACAUUGGUAUCAUCAGCCAGUCAUUCUGCUGAAACUGGUAAUGGUGAAGAAAAAACUAAAUACACUGAUGCUCGUCAAAUUACUGAAAAUAAGCCUCCUCUUGCUUGUGGUCCACGAGUAGCUGAAAGAACAUCGUGGAUGAGUUGCUGUGGUAUAUUUGAUGUUCUUACGGGCUCCAAAUAGAUAAUUUCAGCAGAAGUUAGCACGAGGAAGCUGUCGUGGACUGGGAAUCUGAGAAGGAUCUGGUUUGUACAAGUUUGAGAUACGAGAGUUAGAAUCUCUUAGAAAAUUUUCCGAAACAAUAAAUUGCAGAAAACCUAUAUAGAUAAAACAGCUAUAUAAACUAGGCAAUUAUUGAGUUUCAUCAAUGGUGCCUAGCUUAGUUCGACCAAGCCUAAGCCUGAUUUCCUUGUUUAUUUUUUAUGGUGUUAGCAGAGACCGCAUGUUGUAAGUCUUUUUUUCCUUCCAUUUUUGAUUAGCAUGGGCAGAUUGGUGUUUUCUCCUCCCCCUUUCCUCUCCUAUUAUUGCUACUUGCUGAAUUGUGAUUGAUGUAGUAAUUUUCCUUUUCUUUUUGUAAUUUAGUAAUUUUACCUUCUAUUAGGUUCUGCUUCAA